AAAGCUCUAACUUCCGGGAAUCAACCGAUCCGUUUGUUGAGUCGUGUCCCGAGGUUUUACUAUAAAAAAAACAACAACAAAAAGCUGCUCUACCCCCACAUAUUGAAGCUCGAGAAGUGAGAGGUUUAAUGUGAGGCAUUCGUGCUAAAAGAAUCCAACAUGUCGGUGGUUUUUGACGGUAGUCCGCUGAAAGCGACUCAGAGCUCUCAGAGCCACACCGCGCAGACUCAGACCGGUCUGAGCUCUCAGGAACUUUCCCAGGAGAUCAAGUCCUUCAUCAGCGGCGUCGACGCCGCUCAGGGCCGGAAGCUCAGCGUCAGGGAGCACGCCCGCUGCGCUGUGCGGCUGCUGCGCUCGGUCCCCGCCUGCCGAGAAGUGGUGCUGGAGCAUUUGAGGGGCGUGUACAACGAGCACGUGUCCGCGUUCCUCCACAGCCUGGAGACGGACGGCAGCUCCAGCUCUGGAGGGAGCUCCAAUCUGGAAGACAUCAUACAGGAGGUUCAUGGCGUGCUGUCGGAGUUCAUCGGCCUCAACCCCCGAGCCUGGGCCCCCCUGGUGUCCGCCUGGGCCGUGGACCUCCUGGGACAGCUGAGCAGCAAGCACGCCGAGCGCAGGGUGGCCCCCCACGCCUCCAGCCUCAACGAGCUGCUGCAGCUCUGGAUGUCCUGUGCCGCCACCCGCUCCCUCAUGGAGGCCUACUCCCAGUGCCUGGCCGCCAUGCUGGCCUGGUGCCCCGACGCCUGCGUGGACGCGCUGCUGGACACGUCGGUUAAACACUCGCCGCAUUUCGACUGGGUGGUCGCCCACAUCGGCUCCGCCUUCCCAGGAACCAUCAUCAGCAGAGUGUUGGCGUGCGGGCUGAAGGACUACUGCUCCCACGGCGCCAAGGACCAGGGCCUGCUGGGGGACAAAGGGAGCAGGGUGCCGAAGAUCGGCUCUGUGGUGGGGAUCCUCGGACACCUCGCCGCGCAUCACUCUGAAAGCAUCAGGAAGGAGCUGCUCAGGAUGUUCCAGGAGAGCUUGACUCCGUCGGCGACUCUUUCGUCCGCGUCGUCCUCGGCGUCCUGGGAGAGUUCCCCCCAGCUCCGGCGAGCCGCGGUUCCCUUUCUGCUGCAGUUGGCCGCGAUGUCUCCGAACCUCUUCGGCGCCGUGUCUGCGGAGCUGGUGGAGCUGCUGAGGCCUCCUGUUCUACUCCAGCUGCAGGCUCUGCUGCAGGGCCUCCCCAGGGAGGAGCUGGACAACCUGCUGGGGCUGGCGGUCCACCUCAUCAGCCAGAGCCCGUCAGGCGGGGCGCGGGUCCUCAGGUUCCUGGCGGACACGGCGACUCCGGCUUCGGUCAUCAUCUCCGGCCCGACGCCUUCGCCUCACGAGGGAGUCCGAGAAGGCUGCGACCGCCUCCUCCAGACGCUGCUCCUGCACCUCCACAAGCUGGUCUUCAACCGCUCGGACGGAGCAGAGGUCAGCCUCCUGAACCCGUCCUCCUCUCAGACUCAGAGGGUCAUCCCCUUCCUGGAGGAGCUGCGCUCUCACGUGGGUCAGCUGUGCGCCGAGACGCUGCGCCUGGAGAGGAAGCGUCACCUGUGGCUGCACCAGCUGCUGUGCCUGCUCUCAGUCUACGGGGGUCCCAGCGUGGCCACGGAGACCCUCUGCCAGCUUCUCACCCAGGCCCGUAACCCGGAGGAGCUGGCUCUGGCGUGGCAGCUCCACACCACGCUCUCCUCCUGCAUGGUGGGCCUCAUCCCCGCCGCUGUGGCCCACUGCGUGGCCCAGAUCCACACCCACACCUUGGGGCCGCGGCAGCUGAGGCAGCUGCUGCUGAACCUGGCCGCGGCCAUCCAGAGCCGAGACGAGGAGAAAGGAGGAGCGGCGGGAGCACAGUCCUCCAUGGCCGUCCAGGUGGGCUCGGCCGUCUCGGGACACCUCCACGACUUCUGCUCGCUGCUCCUCCACGGCGACACGGCCGUGUCCCACGCCGCCGUGCGCCUCCUGUCCUGCAGCCCGCUCCCCCGGACGUCGCCUCCAGCUCACCUCCUCCUGCUCUCCAGAGCCGCUGUCACUCAUUUCUUCCUGGUCCUGCGGAGGAGAGGGGAAACGGGGAACGUGGGCAGAGACGGGGGCCAGGCGGCCGAGUCCGUGAGCUGCUCCGUUCUGCUCCUGUCCCGCUUGGCGGCGUACUCCCCGCUCACCCUGAAGGCCAUCCUCCAGCAGCUGGUGGAGGGAGCGCUGCACAGAGGGAACGCCCACCUGUUCGGGGGGCAGAUUGCAGACAUGUCCGGGGCUCCGAUCUCCUCUCCGUCCGUCUCCCCUGACCUGGGGGCCUCCCUGCUGGACAUCAACUGUCGGUUUGGAACCACCGUGAAUUUUUCUGGCAGCAUCUGGUCUGUGUUUCACGGAGGCGUGAUCGGAAAGGGACUGAAGGUUCGCACAGACGCACAGCUGCUGGACCCAUCAGUGGUCACCCAGAACAUUCAGACUCUGCUGGCCGUUAUAGUCCAGUGUUGCAGCUCGUCCGGUCUCAACGCCUCCCGGUCACCGUCGGACCCCGACGACCCUUUGCCCAUCAACGCCGAGGCAGCCAAAGUCGUUGCGGUCACCCUGGUGGAAAACGUGUGUCCGGACGUGGCCAACGGGGAGCUGUCCUGGCCCCCCGAGGAGCACGCGCGCACCACUGUGGAACGAGACAUCCACAUCAGACGGUGCUUCGAGGCCCACCCGGUGCUCUUCCCUCUGCUGCAGGUGGUGGCGGCCGGACGUCCGGCCCUCUGCUACUGCUCGGCCGCGCUCCGAGGUCUCCUGGCCACGCUCCUGGCCCACUGGGAGGCGUCGCGCGAGGCGGCGGCCACGGACUCCCCGUGGCACCUGCAGGCCUCGUGCCUCCUGGUGUGCUGCAUGGGAGAGGGCCAGCUUCUGCCUCCCGUGCUGGCCAACGUCCACGAAGCUUUCCACCUCCUGACUCCCUUCGAGGUGAGGCUGCUGCUCCUGGCCGUGUGGGAGUACGUCAGGGGCAACGCGCCGCUCCCCCAGAAGUUCGCCUUCAGCUCCGAGAAGGGCCUGUUCUGCAGAGAUUUUUCACGGGACGGUGACGUGGCGAGAUACGUGGCACCGAUACACAGCGUCCUCCAUAAAAACAUCGACAGACUGGGACACCUCUGCUGGCGGUUUCAGCUCUGAGAUGCAGAUCGUGAGGAAUCAGCAAAGCCUCGAAAAUGGAGAGAAAAUCUCAUGUUACUUUUAAAUAAAUGACAGCAGAACUCUUGUGUAGUUUUAUAGUCGUGUUUGUUUAGAUUUGUAUUGUGUUUUCAGACUUUAUACAUUUCCAGGUAGUUUCUUUCCUGUGUGUUUAAUUUUAAAGAAAUGGCAUGUUAAUUAUUUGUAAAUACAGAUCGACACAAAACAGGAGCCUAAUGUUUCGUUUUGAUUUAAAAUUACAACUUCUCGGAAACUAAUUUUUAGAUUGUUUUGUUUGAAUUUUCAGUUUGUUUGUGUUUUACAGUGUCUCUUGUUCUAAACCUGUUGGAACCACUUCCCAAAAAAUAAAUCUUCCUUUUUGUCCCAAACA